AUGGCAUUUGCAGAGAGGUGGCACACAGAGACUUCGUCAUUCCAUCUUCCACAUGGUGAGAUUACAAUCACGCUUGACGACAUCGCAUGCCUCCUGCAUAUACUUAUCAGGGGAACCCUUCUUGGUAAUGGUAGGCUGACCAAGGAGGAAGCGAGGGAGGUUCAUAUUGUCGAGCUCAGGGAUGAUCAUGUGGAUGCGCUUGAGGAGGUAGAGAGGACCCGCAACGCGCACAUGAGGUUUUCCUUCUUGACACAGCAGUACGAAGCCGAGUUCCUUGCGGUACAACAGACUGCUGAUAACCCAAUAGAGGAUGACAUACACAGACAGCGGGUGCUGAGAUGUUACUUCUUAUUUUUGUUAGGCACUCAGCUGUUCAUGGACACCAGUUCCUCAUACACAAAUGUCGUUUACCUGAGCUACUUAUCGGAUGCCGCAUGUAUCCACGAGUACAACUAA